UUGAAUUUAGCUAACUGCCCCGACGGAAAGCAAGAAGUUGGGAACUCCAUGAAACCGCGAGUCUGCGUUUCCAAUUGAAAUGGGGGUGACACUAGGGCUUUCAGUGAAACUGGGCGCUUCUUCUGAACCGUCUUUUCUUCGCUGCCACUCUCCAAAUAAUCGUAUUUCCAAUAAUAAGGCCAAAGUUUCAAAUGCGACUCUUUCUUGUUCAAGGGUCCAGAAGUUUAAAGGAGUUGGUAGAGGAAAAGUUUGUGACCCUAGUUAUACUGCUAAAACCGAUCGAUACCAUGAAUCCCAUGAAGCCCAAGAGUUGGUUGACCUGCUACGUGACAGUGCAGCAAAAGGGUCGAUCAGAGAAGGAAAAUCGGUUCAUGGGUUGUUGUUGAAAUCAAGUUUCGGUGAUGAAGAAUCAAUAAGGCUGUUCAAUCAUGUGGCCUAUAUGUACGCCGAAUGCUCGUGCUUUGUGGAGGCUUGGAGGGUGUUCGAUGGAAUGCCGCAUAGAAAUUCAUUCUCUUGGACUGUUAUGAUCGCGGGGUCGAAGAAAAAUGGGUUGUUUCUUGAUGGGUUUAGAUUUUUUUAUGAUAUGUUGGUUGACGGAAUUCUACCGGAUGAGUUUGUGUAUUCUGCGGUUAUUCAGUCUUGCAUAGGGCUUGGUUGUAUUGAAUUGGGCGAAGCAGUGCAUGGGCAGAUUGUGAAGAGAGGGUUUUGGGAUGAUGUUAUUGUCGGUACGUCUCUUCUUAGCAUGUAUGCCAAGUUACACAAUAGUGAGGCUUCAGUUCGGGUGUUUAAUGCUAUUGCUGAACAUAAUCAAGUAUCUUGGGGUGCAGUGAUAUCAGGAUUGUCAUCAAAUGGACUAUACUUAGAAGCAUUCCACCAGUUUCUUGCCAUGAUAACACAAGGCUUCACACCAAAUAUGUACACUUUCUCUAGUGUUCUGAAGGCGGUUGGGAAAAUAAGAGAUGCUACCAAAGGUAGAGAAGUUCACCAUUGUGUUAUGGAGUAUGGUAUGGAAUCUAAUGUUGUUGUGGGGACUUCACUCAUUGAUAUGUACUCGAAAUGUGGGCACUUGUCUGAUGCUAGAUCUGUAUUUGACAGGAAUUUCUAUAAAUCUAAAGUGAAUAAUCCAUGGAAUGCCAUGAUAUCGAGCUAUACACAAUGUGGGUAUUGGCAAGAGGCUUUAGAUCUUUUCAUUGAAAUGUCCUUGAAUGAUGUAAAACCAGAUCUCUAUACUUAUGGUGGUGUGUUUAGUGCCAUUGCUGCAUUGAAGUGGUUGUAUUUUGGAAGGCAAGUUCAUGGGAUGGUUGUGAAGUCUGGUAAUGGCUCUAGAGUUCUAAGUUUGAAUAAUGCAAUUGUGGAUGCAUAUUUUAAAUGUCAGUCCCUAGAAGAUGCAAGGAAGGUCUUUGAUAGGAUGCAAGAGAGAGACAUGGUUUCUUGGACUACCUUGGUCAGUGCUUAUGUCCAGUGCUAUCAACCUAGCGAAGCAUUGAGCAUCUUUUCCCAAAUGAGAGAACAAGGAUUUAUGCCCAAUCAGUUCACCUUUUCUAGUGUUCUUGUUGCAUGUGCCAGCCUCUCUUUGCUUGAGUAUGGUCGUCAAGUGCAUGGUCUUAUAUGUAAGGCUGGGUUAGAUGAUGAUAACUGCAUAGAGAGUUCUUUGACCAAUAUGUAUGCAAAGUCCGGUAAUAUCAUUGAUGCAGUGGAAGUCUUUGAGAAAAUUGUUUGUCCAGAUGUUGUUUCAUGGAGUGCUAUCAUUUAUGGGUAUGCCCAACAUGGCUUUCUAGACAAGGCUGUUGAACUAGUUCAGAAGAUGGAACAAUCUGGUAUUCAACCCAAUUCUAACAUACUUUUGAGCCAUCUUAUUUGCUUGUAGUCAUGGAGGCGUGGCAGAGAAAUGCCUCCACUAUUUGUUUGGGGGGUUGCUAGCAUGAACAUAAACAUGUCAUAUACAUACAGCAAAUUAGAAGAUCAGGGCCAAGGAUAAAGACCAUGGGUUAUAUGGUCCAAUUGGAACUUUGAGUGCAAGACAUGCAUGAAAGAAUGAAGAGUGGUAGCUUGGAAAGAUCAGCAGUACAUCUAUUAUGUCAUAAACUUCUAAUUAUUGUUAAAUAGGAAUUGCUAAAGAAAUCAUGAGUGAUGUUUUUUUGUUUGACAUUCAACUAUCCAUGUUUCUUUCCCUGUGUCAAAUGGAAUUGGCAUGAAAAGGAUGUGUGCCUACCGAUGAAUUCAUAAAUGAAUAGAAUUUCCAAUAAAAA